AUGUCGAGAUUUCCUAGGCUAUCUAUCUUCAGCCUACUUCUCCUUCUUUUCCUUCAGAUUACCCAUGUAUCAGGGGCACGGGACCAGUUCCAACACUGGUACCCUGAGUUCGACUUCAUCUUUGACCGUAUCGUGCGGGAAAAUUGCUCCUCGGAGUACCACUUCUACCUCACGGCACAGAAAAACCGCACCUACUGGCACGAAACCUCCCGCUGGAUUGGAUCCGGCAGCACUGCGGCACUCUCCGCGCCGCUGGUAAACUGCAUAAUGGGCGCUUGCCCUGAAUACAUGAAAAGCAACAUGGCAAGCGCCAACGUGCUCCUAGGCCUGGCUCCCAUGAUUCUAGCCACCCUGGGAUCCGACGUCGAUGAGACCUCUGUGUUAGCCGUGAUCGGGAACCGUCCGUUCUUUGCUCUGUGUCUGACCGUCGGGUCACCUGCCGUGAUUGCCCUCCGAGCCUUCGAUUAUCGAGAUCCCCAAGCGGUCCUGAAAGACCGCCCUGGUCGUCUCCCUCCCAUGUUCUUCAACUUUCACAUUGAACUUCUCAUCACAGUUCUCGAGUAUGCACUCGUAUUCGCUGCCAUCACCAACGUCGGCACGCUAGGUUAUCAACUCGGUCGGAAUGUGGCGCUUUCAUUUGCCCCCAACUACGGGUAUCUCAUCCUCCUAUGGUGUUUCUUCAGCCCCAUUGGCCACAUGGUCGCCGCCUGGACGCUCCGUCUUCGCGUACACUGGCCUGGCCACACCAGCAUCAAGAGAUAUGGAAUCCCGUGCUUCUCGUUAUCACCCUUCGAUCAGCUCAAGACCUUUUUCGUCGGCUACACCUUGAAUGAACCUCCGCCGAGAAUUGAGCUCAAAAAGGAAACCCCGUUAUACAUACUCCUUUCGUGGAUCCUCUCCCUCCUUACCGCGGCCCAUGUCAUGUUGGGCACCCUCGUCUUCUCUAGCAUGUUGUUCAUCUCCGUCCGAGAUAGCGUUGCGGUGAUUACCCGCUUCAUGGGAUCCGUGAUUGUUUGUCGGGUGGUGCUGAUGUAUGAGGUGGCCAAGCUGAGACAUCUCUAUAAUCUUCAUAGCAGGGAGGAAGGGGGAGUUCAAAGGAGUGGAGAAAUUCCGUCGUCGGAAUAUCGCCUGGCUAAUCUGGGACCUGGUUCGGAGGAUCUGCAGCAUCACACUCCGCGGCGUUAUCGGCCAUACGGGGCAACGAUAACUUCCUAUUGA